CGAAGAGUGUCUAAUUUCAGAGAAGAGGGUGGGUAGCGUGGAGGAGGUUGGCUUGUCUUUUCAGAGGGACCAUAAGCUGUAUGUAUAUAUAUGUGUGGGUUCAAUACAUAGCGCUCUGCAGCCACCGUAUUACCCACUUGAGACACAUCUUUAAGAGAUGAACCUUCUGUGUAGUCACAAUGGAAAAGCAUUGAUGUAACGCGCUGGACUCGGAGGGGGUCUGGAACAUUCGUCGUGUUCUAAGACUUCUCUUCAGAUUCCGAGAACUAACUAAGUCUGAAGACAGGUAUUCUGAACAUUGUUGUGAAAGGCACCGAGCAGGGACGGCAUCGGAAGUCAUAGGGACAGAUCUAUAACCACCAUCGCUCUUCUCCGUUAAUGUGAUUUCCCACCGAGGACUCUACAGUCCGAGCUCAGCAACACUAGCUGCAAACUGCGGAAUCUUGUCCAGAAGUAGCGUCUUGCCUUUCUGAAAUCGACCUUCCGUGCGCAUUCACCGGCCGCGGUGCUGAGGUCACUGAAGAAAGAAAACACUGGAAUGAAGUUCAAGAGCAGCAGAGUGGGAAUGCAGCCCGUUCCAUCGCUCCUUCACCCUCUGCUUCUAGCCGCGGUUCUUUCUCGGGUGACAGAGGGGCAACGUGUCUGCAGAGAAGAGAGUUUCGGUGACGAUGCCCAUGACGUGGCGCUCAAUUGCUCAGAUCCAUCCUAUGCGCAACCUGUCCUUGUCCAGUGGCGCUGGUCCAAACUCUCGGGCCCGACGAAGGAGGUUCUGUUGGUACAACUCCUGAAUGGCAACUUCACAAAGUACGCGGGGAGGCCGGGGCUGUCUUUCUCCACACAGUCCUGUGUUAAUAGCGGAGACUGCACUCUUACCCUGAAACCUCGGAAGGAAGAUACCGGAUUCUAUCAUUGUGUGGUUUGGACCAAUGUUCGUAUCACAGAAACAAAGAUCCGCUUGAUAUAUAAAGCAGGUGAUUUCAAAACAGCCUACAUCGUGGCAGGAGCCUGUGGUGGAGUGUUGAUGAUUGCAGUUGUCAUCCUGUUGCUCUAUCUCAGAAGGAGAGCGAGGAAUCCGGCUCGUUCUUUUGACCUUCAGAUUUUUAAUCCACAAGCUUCCUUCAGGAUCUUACGUGAUUCAAUAACUUUCAGUUCUGUGAGCGGAUGCAAGAUGCAUCAACAAAGUAGGGAGAACCGAGAACCCUUGUAUACUAACCUCAACCAAGCUGAACGUGACCUCUAUUGCAAUCUGAAGUUGUAAGGUCCAAAGAUCAAUGAUGUGCGCACCCUAUUGGUUAGUGAGAAGGACUGACAUUGGAAGGAUAUUUCUGUAAGAUGUAGAACGACAACAGACACCUAUUUUCUACUGCAGCUCCUCACACUUUGUGAUAGGUACCUCAAGAAACAAAUAAAACAUUUCUUAUUGAAAUUACUAUAUCGAUCACUUAAACAGCAUGAGCCAUCAAGGACACAUAAGCCAUGAAUCUCUGAACCUAACUUCCAUUGAUGACACUCAGCAAUAUUUGAUGAUCUUUGCCGCCGUGGUUUGUGGAGUGGAAUUUGAAACUUACUUGCAUGCGCUGUUGUUGCAAGUUAAUCAUUAAUUUCUACUGGAUAAUUUUUAACAUGUUUUUUCACUUCAGAAAUGUGUAAUAUGUCUUAU